UUGGUCAUGGUGUGUUCCGUUGUAUGAGCAAAGGAGAGAACGUGUCACAUCAGGCAUUGGAGUCGCUAAUCCCUCGUGAAACGGCAUCAGAUUGGCGUACAAGUACCCAAAUCGCCAAACAUCACUCACCAAAAUCACAAGCCCAUCACAGAAAGACAUGGCCGGGACAUGGAAGGCGGACGAGCAACUUUUCCAGCUUCUUGCCAGUCUUCUUCACCAGGUGGAAUCACUGACCAACCAGGAGGAAGUUGAGCUUCGUAUGAAGAUCGAAGCCCUUGGACUUGAAGUAACAAAAGUACCCUCAAAGUCCUUAAAGCAGCUCGAUGAAAUGGAACUUGCCAAGGAGUUGGAUAAGUUAUCUGAAAAGCUAGACGAUGUGGAUGAAAUGAUUUCUUCAGCAAUGGCUGCUGACCCACAGGUGCAGUCUCUUUUGAGUCAUACUGCUGAUAUUUGGAUGCCGGUGAUAACUGCAUCCACCGAUGACCGGCGGAAGUUUACAGCUUCAGCUGGAGAAAAUUCAGAAACAGAAAAGAGUUGUGCUAGUUAG